GCCGGCUAGCUUGCUGGUCACCAAGGACGACUUCCUCUGGGGCAGAUCCUGCGGCGUUGGAAUGUGGUCGCCGGUCACCAGGUUCUUGUCGGGCCCCGCCACAGGAAGCUGCUUGUUCUUCAUCUUGGCCUUGGCCAUGUUGUAGUCGCCCGAGUCGAAGUACUUUUGCUGUGUGAGAGCACAGACAGGAGGGAAGGUGAGCUUUUCGUCAAAACAACAUUCACAUGCCCGUGUGUACACUGGAAGUUAUUGGUCAGCGUCUGCACUGAUCCUGUGGAGGAACGUUCCCAACACAAUCCCAGCCCAAGAGAUGAGGACAAUCUCCAGCUGGAGGCUUGAGCUGAAUUCAGCCCUGUGCAAACACUUGCACCUGUAAACCUCCCCAGCUGCGUAAAAGCAGCACACAAGCAUAUUUCUUUGUAAACAUAACUGUACAUAAUGUUUUAUUGUUUAUUAAAUAAAGUUCUCAGAUCAGCAAACAUUAACGGUGAUACCAACAUAUCUGUGAAAGGCUCUAAUUGCCACAGCCAGUGUGAACAGGCGGGAUUAUUACAGCCUGAGUAUUGUUUUAAAAUAAAUCCUGAAAAAAAAUGAACACCAAAUCGCAAACCUUUUAAUGAAAUGAUCAAGCUGAAUAUUGCAUUGCACUGAUUCAAUCACCCCAAAAACCAAACAGCCGACUCUCAGAUUCUCUAACUAUCCUCGAUAUCAUCAUUCUCCGAUGAUUUUCAUUCUGGGAGUUAUCUUAUGAUGAAGUGCUGCAAUUUACUCUGUGGCUCUCUGCUCAGCCUGCCUCGACUACUCCUACUUCUAGUCAGUGAUUUCCCAGAAUGACUUUCAGCAGUCUCCAGAGGUGGAGGUUCUCUGUAGCAUAUACAGUGCGUGUAGGUGGAGAGAGCAACAGUUUUUCCAGUCGAGGAGAGAGACUGAUGCUUCUGUGUGCUUUGGCCUGCUGUACAAAUUACCAAUAAAAACAAUCCAUCAAACACGCCGUUAUAUUUCACAUGCUAUGGAUGUGGCUGCAUUGGCAUUCUGCUCGACUGAGAUUGGGUUGGUAGAGAAAUUAUUUUUUCUCUCUGCUUCAAUGCAUUCAGCCCUAUAGGUCUGUGGGAUGGACAACACAGCGGUGCCUCAAGAUAGAAACCUGUGGUUGUGAAGGGACACGUACUGUUUAUCAUUAGUCAUUUUUCUGACCACAACAUUUUCCACAAUAAAAAAAUUAAACCGAAGCUGGAAACGUCUCAUUAUGUUGUCUGCAGGAUGGAGACACAAACAGAAGAAUGCACAGGACACAGGAAAAGGAAUGAAAGCUCCUGCAUCCGGUCUUCUCCUCUGAGUGAUGGCGUGUGUGCAGCAAGUGAGAACCUCCCAGGAGACUCAGCUGUUGCCUAAUCAGGUUAUCACAGAGCAGCAGUCCUUGGUUGUUAUGAAGAAGCUUCUGGCUAUUGCGGUGUCUGGCAUCACAUACCUGCGGGGCCUUUUCCCCGAGAAGGCCUACGGGAACAAAUAUGUUGAUGAUCAGAAAGUGAUGAUCCUUAGAGAAGUGCGCAGCUGUCCUGGGGCCUCUCAGAUCGUCCAGUGGAUGCAAGGAUGUUUUGAGGCCAUCCAGCAGAGAUAUCUCCGGACAGUUAUCAUGUCUAUCUACACUGACCCAGAGAACCCCCAGAAAGUGACUGAGUUUUACCAGUUUAAGAUCCAGUACACAGCAAAAGGAGCGCAGAUGGACUUUGAAAGCAGCAGCAGCAGCAGCAACAACAACAACAACAACAACAACAAAGUGUCGACCAUGACAUGUGGCGACACUAAGAAGGCCAGCGUCCUGCUGGUGAGGAAGCUCUACACGCUGAUGCAGAACCUGGGUCCUCUGCCAGAUAACGUCUGCCUCAACAUGAAGCUGUCUUACUACGAUGAUGUCACCCCUCAGGACUACCAGCCCCCGGGCUUCAAGGAGGCUGACGGUGACACCAUGGAGUUCGAGAGGGAGCCGGUCAAACUCACUAUGGGCGAGGUGUCCACCCCCUUCCACACUUUGAAGAUGGACAUGGCCACAGAGAGACAGAGACUGGAGCAGGUGGAGGAGAGCGUUAAUGUGAUGGAGAAGUGGGUUCUGAAGAUGGAGGGGGAGGGCGUCCUUUCACAGAGCCAUGUGAUCGAAGACGUGGAGAGACCUGACACCGAGAACACAGACUUGGAUAACGCCGAAACCCAACUGACCUGUCAUGAGAAGAUGGAGAGUCGUGAAGAGAUCAUAGAGAUGGACACUCUGGUGAAGAGGACCUCUGACAUGGAGGUGGGUGUGAAGAGGACCAGGAGUGGACGGAUCAUCAAGUCGGCCACGAAGACAAACUUAAUCGUAAACAACAAGCCGACAGCCAUGAGGAACAAAAUGGUCUCUCAGUAUGAUAUUCCCAACAGCCAGGAAACACCAGCCACCUCCACUCCUACGAGCAAACGCAAAUUCAGUGAGCCCAAAGAACGCUACUGACCCCGCAGCCCACUGCUCACACAGCAGCACGGCUGUAUUGAUUUACACUGAUGUUUUUUAAAUUUUGAUUACAGGUUAUGUGGUUGUUUUUUAAGGUUGUUAUGUAACAUCAGUAACAGGUUCAUUUGAAUGAAACACAGAUGUUUAAUGUGUUAAUAGGAUUUAUUAUAAUUUAGCUAUGAAAUAUAAAUAAUAAUUUAUAAAACAGUUAGUUUUGCCUGUUAAUGGUUGUGUCUGUUUUUCUGUUACGAUUCUGCUGCUUGUGUAACAAAGCAGGAGUGGAAAUAUUUAAUAAAAAGACAAAACUACAUUAAU